AUGAUAACAAAAUAUUUUAAUAAAGUUCUAGUGAGAUUCAAUCCCUUCGGUAAAGAAGCCAAGACAUCAAGGCUUUUUUUAGCCUCAAUUCCUCCAUCACAAAGACUGACAGGCACUAAGAUCCAAAGUGAAAUAUUGAAUGAAGGUACAGACAAGGAACCAUUAAUAAGGGUGAUUUUCAAAGACAAGAAAGAAAUUGAAGUCAAUCCAUCAAAUUUGUCAUUUCAAGAGUUAGCAAAUGCCUUUGAAUCCCACUCCAAUAAAUUGAGAUUGAGAGAAUUAAUCGAAAGACAAUAA